AUGCUGCCGACUAAAACAGUGGGAAUAUUUUCCAGUGAUUUUAUACAUGAUAUACAGUCUCAAUUACAGGAACCAGUAAAAGAGAAGCAGGAAACCGAAAGUAUCAAAGCCAAACUAGCAGUUCUUGAAAAAUGGCUGCUGCAUGGCAUGUCCAGAUUUUCAAAGGAAAAUCUCCAGAUAUUUCUCGGAAGACUGAUGCAGUAUACAGAGAAGUCGCAUCUCUCGUCUGUUGGCGACAUUCAACGAAUACUGGUCCGCAUCAAGCUCAGCUCCAAUGGCAAACCAUCCGAUGAUGAACGAAGACUAUUAAACUAUUUCCACAAUUUUCAAAACGAUAUCAACCACAUCAAAAUCAUUAAAACCAGCUUCGACGUGGAAAUUUAUAAUUAUCUUCAUAAAUUCUAUUACAAUAUCGCUGCAGCUCCUGUAAGUAGUGGAAGGCAACCACGUGACUCUAUGCAGACGACCAAAAAUGACAGACGUCGAGUUUCGUUCGAGGCUGUGGUCGAGGAGCCGGAAGAGUCGCCUAGACUUUUAGGCGUUUCCACCUUAGACAUUAUCAGUGGUGACGAAAAUAAGAAACUCUCCGUAAUCGUCCACGAACUCACUGACAUGAAGGACCGAUGGGAAAAUCUCUUGCCGGAAGAGGAUCGGCCUAUUGAUGCUGAUGAUUUUGAUCCAGAUAGUGAAUAUGAACUUCAUCAUAUGAGCAAUUUCGAACCUUAUCGACAUUUGUUACGAUUUGUUCCCGACAUUUUCACCAAGUGUCAUAAAUGUAUAGAACUUUCAAAACAAUGGCUACGACUAGCUCAUCAAGUAUACCCGUCGUUACCGUUGGAACGACCCGAGACCCCAAGAUCGGAAGUGGAUAGGGUACAGGCUUCUAUCACUGCACCUUCUCCUGGAUUAAAAUCGCGAUCGGCGAGACCCCAGCUCGAAUCCAGUACCCCCGUGGUCCCAUCUCAAACUGCGCGACCAGCUCGGCCUUUCACAUCCAAACCCAGAAGAAGCUCGACUGCGUCCACAUCUUCAACUCGCCAAAGAAUCUUCAUCAAGAAACCUCGAGUAGCAAAAUACAAACCCGAACAAGCUAUUGUUCAGCCACAUAUUUUCGUAGAUGAUAGUGAUUUAAAACUAGACCUUGGUACUGCUAGAAGUGAUGAUGCCAACUCCGAAACAAGCAAUUUCCAAGAACCCAACACGCCAAUGCGAAAUGCAACACUGGGGAAAACGUCAAGAACAAGCAAUGGAAUAGACGGGAACACGUGUAGAAUAGAUCAACCGAGACUACAUUCAUCAAAAACAACCAGGAUCAAUGUCUCGAGAGAACCAGACGAGCACAGCAGUGGGAAUUCUAGGGAAAGGACCUUAGAUAGUGUAGAUAGAGAUUAUUUCAAGAUUCCAGACGAUGGAUCUGGAGUUUCCGUGUUAACGGGGUCGUUUUCUGGUUCUGAUCCUUCACGAUCGCCGAGUCCGGAACCUUCGCCGCUCACUGAAAAUGGCUACAAUUAUUUAGUGAUCAAGCUUCGUGAGACUAGUCGAAACAUUGAUGAUUUGGAGGCGAACUUGAGUAACUACCGAUGUGAGCUGGAUAGCUUGCAUUCUCGAGGAGAACGCUUAAUGGUUUUAAAAUCGAAACACAAGUCCAUCAAACAACGUCUGGAUGAUGUGAAGCGAGCGCACCAUUUUGAUCAAAUCCGAUUAAAGGAAAACCAGAAGAUCUUCGAAUCUGCUAUUAGUGGUACGUCCAAAUAUUUCGAUCUCCAGCGCAAUAUGGAACAGUUAAAGCAUCGAUUGCAAGUGGGUGAGAGCGAAAUGAAGAUGUUACGUUUUCAGGUUGUGGUACUCGAUCAGGAUUACGAGCUGGAAUCCGAAAUCAAUCCGAAUUUUGAAUCCUUUGCAACCGAUCUGAAAGCAGACAUUUUGGAAUCUGAGAAGCUGUUGGAAGAAGAGCGACACGAGAAGCGACAGUUGGAGAAAGAGUUGGCAAUGACGAGUCCGUCCAGUCUCGAAAGGAGUCACCCAGUCCAUAAGGGACCUCAUAGCUCUGCGUUACAGAGUUUAUCUCGUUUAUCAGAGCCGCUGUCAGAGUUGGAGUACGGGUCUCUGAAAUCUGGCAGUCGAGAGACCAUAAGUGACAGAUAUGAAGCUGUGACCUUAUCGCCUUCUACUCCAGAUAAACAACUCGCGUCAACUUUGGCUUGGGACCCACAACAACUGUAA